UUUUUUUUUUUUUUUGCUUUCCCACCCUUUCAUCUCGCUUGCCUGUCGUUCUAUAAAUCUCUUCUUCUGGCCCCUUGUGCAUAUUCUCUAGACAAAGCACUCGGAAUCCGUUUUGUUUGCGCCCCUAGGGAUCGGUUUGUCGUCAUUCUCUUUUCGCGGACCCGCGCCACCAAGCGCACCGCCAAUCUCUCCAUCAUGGGCCUCUCCAAAACCAACAGGAUCAUAAUCCUGUUGGUCAUUGACUCUGCAUUCUUUCUAUUAGAGUUGAUAGUUGGCUAUGCCGUCCACUCGCUCGCCCUUGUUGCUGAUUCGUUUCAUAUGCUUAAUGAUGUCCUGUCCCUGUGUGUUGGUUUAUGGGCGGUUAAAGUCGCCAACCAAGAGACCAAUUCAACCACUUCCAAGAUGUACACUUACGGGUGGCAACGUGCAGAAACCCUCGGAGCCUUGGUCAACGGUGUCUUCCUUGUUGCCUUGUGCAUGUCGAUUUUCCUAGAAGCUAUACAACGUCUGGUGGAACCCCAAGAGGUGCAAAACCCGAAGCUCGUUUGCAUUGUCGGUUGCUUUGGUCUUUUGUCCAACAUCUUGGGUCUUUUGUUGUUUCACGAUCACUCCCACGGCCAUGGCCACGGCCAUAGCCAUGGUGACGUCCAUGGAGUUGAGGAUGUGGAUGCCGCUGAGCAGGGCUAUGUUUCCCAUGGCGAGAGUGACCCCGUGCGGGCGAUCGCAGACGAAUGCCCACUCUCUUCUUCCGAUGCUCGAAGACGCCGAACUCUUGAUAGCCAACAUCGCGGGUCUCCUAGAUACAGCAAUAACGUGGAAGAUAUCCAGGUACACCCGGCUACUAUGAGACAGGAAAUUAUCGGUCGCAGCCGCUAUGUUGAUGAGGAGCAGUCUGAGUCGGACAGCGACCAAACAAACGUCGCUGAAACAUCGGAGCGAUCUGCACUCCUUAGCCACAAAGACCGAGCGGGCAAGUACACUGAUGAAGCAAAUGCAUCGCUUCUACCAAAUGCUACGGUGGACGAUGACAUUCAUAAAUUCCAUAACCAUGCGCAGCCCAAGUCGAAGGACUCAAAGCACGGUCACGGCCAUGGUCACGGCCAUGGACAUGGACAUGAUCUCAACAUGCGGGGCGUCUUUCUUCAUGUCAUGGGUGAUGCUCUGGGCAACGUUGGUGUCAUAGCUUCUGCCCUGGUUAUUUGGUUGACCGACUAUGAGUGGAGGUUUUACGUUGACCCUGGCAUUUCGUUGGUGAUUACGGUGAUCAUCCUCGCCUCGGCCAUUCCUCUUUGCAAAGCCGCAUCGAGAAUUCUCUUACAGGCUGUUCCCCCCGGCAUGAGCAUUGACCAUAUUAAAGAAGACAUCGAGAGACUUCCUGGUAUCAUCAGCUCCCACGACUUACACGUUUGGCAAUUGAGCGACACGAAGCAUGUUGCCUCGAUUCACAUUCAAGUGGAUACGGAGAUCAAAGGGGAGGGUUCAGAGAGGUAUAUGCGCUUGGCGCGACAAGUGAGAAGAUGCCUCCAUGCCUACGGCAUUCAUUCAACCACGAUUCAGCCCGAAUUCGCACCGGGAAGUGACGUUGAAGACAACCAAGCUGCUUCAUCCUAUUCUAGUAAUGGUCCCUCUAGUCUGCGGGAAGAAGACUCGCGAGCGUGUCUCUUGGAAUGCGGUGAUGGUUGCACGCGAGGUGGAGAGUGUUGUCCCAAGACCUCAACCUAACCAGACAUCGUAUCGUCCAUCCCGUUACUUUCCCUUUUUUGAUCAAAAGCCUGUUUACUAUUCAUACCCCCUUUUCUUUUCCGUGUUUCAUACCUAGAUCGGAGGUUUGGUGUCUCGAGGGAAAUCAUUUGGGUCAUGGGUGGGGUAUUUGUUUUUAGAGCCUAAUACUGUAUACUGUGUUUCGGGGGAUUUGCUGAUAUUCUUAUGUCGAUCAUGUACGGAGUAUCCAUACCAGCUCGACUUCGAGUGUUUAUCCUUGUCUCCAGCUAUAUCAUUAUAGAUUGGCCUUCGAGGAAUAUUAUUACCAAGU